UAAGGUCAACCUGCUCCUUUUGGAGCCCUUCUGUAGAUGUGCGUCAUUUCAAUUUAGUUUCUGUUUGUUCCCAGUGAAAUAUUCCUUUCUCCUCGGGGUUGGGGGGCUCUAAAUUGUUGUCAAAGCAGACACCUCCCAUGCCGUUCAUCUCUCUCCUCCUCUUCUUCCUCCUCCUCCUCUUCCUCGGCUGCUCCCUCUCUCCCCUCGGCGCGCUCGUCUUCAGCUCAGGGCGCCUCUGUGGAUGUCAGGACUCGCUUCUGCGCCGCUCUCGAUGACCAGGGAGCAGAAGGAGGAUCGCUGGGACGCACAUGGCUCGAUGACAUGAUGUUCCUUCCCUUCUCCCCUUCCCCUUCCACCUUGCUGGUUCCCAUUCUCCUCAGACUCUUCAUCCUCAUCCUUCCCUUGACUCCAACUUCGUCGUCUUUCUCCCACACCCCGCUAAGCUGGACGUCACCUCAUGACCCUUGCUACAACCCUGAUGGUCGUCCUCGCCACUGCCUGUCAGAGUUCAUCAACGCUGCUUACGGUGUCCCGGUCAAUGCGAGCAACUCGCUGUGUGUACAUAACACCGAUGGCAACAUCACCACCUUAACAGAUCUCCACAACCCUAACAACAUCACCUGCUGGAUGGCUCAUGCGGGUCACGAAACUGGGGACUGGGUCCUCACCCUCCCACUUGGUCGACGAUUUGAAAUCACCUACAUAAGCUUACAGUUCUGCAACCAGGAAGAGCCCCCAGACCCAAUCUCCCUGUCCAUCUUCAAGUCGAUGGACUAUGGACGUUCGUGGCGGCCCAUGCAACGCUACUCCAGUGAUUGUGUCGUACACUUCCAGCAACCCACCCAGACCAUCGCCCAAACUAGGCACCAGGAGACAGAUGCUCUUUGUUCAGACCCUCGCCCCUUUCAAAGGCAAAGGGGCGGGGCGGUGCUUGCCUUUUCCGCUCUGGAUGGGCGGCCGUCCUCUCCUGAUUUCGACUAUAGCCCCACUCUACAGGACUGGGUGACAGCCACAGACAUCCGCAUUGUCUUCCACCAUAUUUCUCAAAACCUCAAGGCGGAUAGCUUUGAUAGGCCAAAAGUAACAGCAUGGAAUGAUGGUGCAGGUGAUGCCAGGGGAACUGGAAGUCCAACGGGGAGAUCGGACAUCCAGCGCCACACUGGGAGUCAGAAAGGCGCAAUGAACAGAGACAACGUGCCUCUGUUUCUGGACAGGGAAUCUAAGAUAUCAGACAUUGGCGAAAAGAAGACAAGCAUGCAGAGUAGAAAGGGCACCCAAAAGGGGACAGAUCAAGACGAAGACGGCUACAAUGUGACCAGCAAGGAAGGAGAAGACCUCCUUAUCAUGGAUUCACUCGCUGUUUCAAAGAAAGGCGGAAAGGUCAGAGGUGGUGCUCACAAAAAGGAAGAUAAACAAUGGGGGUCUUGCCCAAUUGGGGGCUGUAAAUGGAAAGUUGAGGGGCGGGGCAGGAAGAGCAAGGGAAGGGAACUGAGGAAGAGAAGGAACAAUAAUUUAAACACAAGACCAGGAGUCAGAGACCUUCAAGUGGUGCCGCCCCUUACCUUUGUCUCUCCUGUCCAACCUCCUAUAGCCAUUUCUGACCUACAAGUCGGUGGCAGAUGUAAAUGCAACGGACACGCUUCCAGGUGUCGCCGUGAUGACACAGGCCGCGCAGUGUGCGUGUGUGAGCAUCACACAGCAGGGCCAGACUGUGAUGUGUGCGCGGACUUCUAUGUGGACAGACCAUGGCAUCGGGCGACGCCCACUCACCCCAACCCAUGUGUUGCAUGCGAUUGCAACGGCCACUCAAACAAAUGCCGUUUCAGCAUGGAGGUGUUCUUGCAGUCGGGCCGGAAGAGCGGAGGUGUUUGCCAAAAGUGUCGCCACAACACGGCGGGACGCCACUGCCAGUACUGCCAGAACGGCUACGCCCGCGACCACACCAAGGCGCUCAGCCAUCGCAAGGCCUGCCAACCGUGCCAGUGCCAUCCCGUGGGUGCAGUGGGUCGAUGGUGUAACCAGACUUCAGGUCAGUGUUUGUGCCGGGACGGAGUGACGGGCCUCAGGUGUAACCGCUGUGCGCCAGGAUACAAACAGGGCAAGUCCCCCCUGCGGCCCUGCAUACGGAUUCAGGAGGCUGCUCCCACUCCAGUGUACCAACCUCAGUACAGCAUUGCUGAGGAGUGCGUUUCAUACUGUCAGCCCACUCAGGCUGAAGUCAGGAUGAACCUGGAGACAUAUUGUCUCAAGGAUUACGUGCUGAAGGUGCAGGUGAAGGGGAUGGAGCGUUCCGGUCCCUGGUGGCAGUUUUCCAUCACUGUGCAGGUCGUCUUCCGCACGCGCUCCGCCUCUCGGAUCCGCAGAGGCCCCCAGUCUCUCUGGGUCCCCAAUCGGGACCUGACGUGUGGCUGCCCUGCCCUCCACGUGGGUCGCACGUUCCUCCUGAUUGGCGCAGAGGAAGGGGAGCGGGGCUGGGGCCCCGAGGAAAGCCGCCUGGUGGCGGACCGCUCCACCCUGGCCCUCCAGUGGCGGGAACACUGGAGCCCCAAACUUAGAGCCUUCCGGGGUCAGGACAAACGAGGCCGCUGUCCUUCCAAAUCUGACCGCAGCAAACUGAACGCAGGCCCCCAGCCCGGGUACGUCCCCCCUCACCUGCGAAGUGAGCCUCACGCAGACACACGCUCUGUGGAAGGGACAGAGACUCCGCCCACUUCUUCUGCUGCUUCUCCAGUGUGUUCGACUCCAAACGCCUGAGUUAAGAAAAACGCUUUAGCCACAAAAAAGAAAACACUUCAAGACUUUCACUCUCCACGUCUGAAAACACUCAAGCUAUGUUCACACCGAGCAGGUGAUGCAGGUUCUUGAACGUGCAUUUGGCUUCUGGUGUUCACACUGGACUGUCGCUACCCAAUGCUAGCUCAUGUCCGCCAAUUAAAGUUCGAAGAGGCUUGGUGCGAAAUGUCGAAGCGGUGCAAAUCUUGUUCCAAACGUUUCCUUUUCACCGAAAAAUAAAAGACUUGGUUUCAUAGAAUUCCGGCCGAGGACAACCCAUAGUAAUUCAUUUCUCCCCAUGAUAAAUUUUCAAAUGGUCGAUACUUCCAUGAAUUAAAAAGGGCGCCAUCCAUACCUCACUACCAAAUCCAAGCCCCUGAUUUGUCAAAGUUUAACGUGCGUUCAAGGGAUUAACGUUUUGUACGUAGAGCCAAAAACAGUCCUAAAACUUGCAUAACUAAGCAUGAACACAGUUCAGUUUUGGACCGGAAGCCUGAAACUUGCGUUUACACACGUUCACAUCGACUUGUGAUUGGAAGUGGUUGCUUGAACGUGCGUCACUGAGGGCGGAGCUUAAGAGCUUAGAAGCAGAUCCAGUUUGAGGAGACCAGAGGAAUAAAUCUGGCAUGUAAUUAAUCACGGACCUUAACAUAAAACUGCUAAACCCAACUAAAAUAAAAGUUUGUGACUUGUACUACUGGAGUUCUGGGAAAUGUACAUGUAUGACUUUUGAAAGUUCAAAAUAAAAGCCUUAGUAGUUUUGAAAAU